CUAGCAGUUCCUAAAAUUUCCUUCUUUAGUUUUUUUUUUUUUUUUUGGCGCUUUAAAGUUAGACAGUUAUUUUUAGAAAUGUAUACGACAUUUGUGCUUCUCUUUGUAUGACAAAGUACAACCGCUAAGUAAAUACAGUCUGAGUGAUGGUAUUAGCAGCAUUCAGUGUUCAGCUCUGCAGCACAGAAGAAAGAUGAUACACAAUGAGAGACAAAAACACUGCAGUGAUGAAGAUGUGCUCAAUGAAGUGUGUUUGGCCAACGGAGUGUCUUAUGACAAACUUGCACAGGAAGGAAGCAGCAUCAGCUCACUGGAGAUGUUUUUCUCUGGUUUUCCACGCAUGCUUGGACUUUCUUUCUUCCCAGGACUGUGUCACCUUACCAUCAUUGGCCAGGGCAUUGAGAACAUCGAAGGCCUGGAGGGAUGCCCUCUGCUUAAAGAGCUCUGGGUGGUCCAGUGCCAGCUCACUGUGAUCUCUGGUCUGGAGAACUGUGUGCUACUGGAGAAGCUCUACCUUUAUGAAAAUCAAAUAAGUGAAAUCACCGGUUUAGUGUCGCAAGUCAACCUAGAGGUUCUGUGGCUCAACAAUAACUGCAUAAAACACAUAGAGGGCUUAAAGUCACUUCAAAACCUUAAAGAACUUAACCUCGCCGACAACCUUAUUGAAAAAAUUGGACACGGCCUUGAUUCUAAUGCUGGUCUUCAGAAUCUCAAUCUGUCCGGGAACAAGAUCAGUUCCUUUAAGGAGCUGACCCGGCUGGCCUUUCUGCCCAGUCUGAGAGUGCUGGCGUUGCACGACCCCACUUCGACCCCGAACCCGGUGUGUCUUCUGUGUAAUUACGCCACACACGUUCUGUACCACAUGCCGGGCCUGCAGCGUCUUGAUGCCUACGAUGUCUCCAGCAAACAAGUCAAGGAAGCAGCUGAGGCCACAGUGACGAAGAAGAUGAUGUACUACAACAUGAGAGUGCGGACCACUCGGAGGAAACUGGCAGAGACUCACUUCAGUCUGACAGAGAGGAAGAGGACCCUGUUACAGCUGCCUGAAGAGUGUGUCAGGACACUCAGUCACACUCUUAAAAAUCUUGAACGGGAGCUCUCCAAGGUUCUGGCCGGGGGUAGAAAUUCUGCUUGCAUCAAAGAGGAAGAACCUGAAGAACUGACCAAACAGGGAGAAGAUUUGUCCAACAGCUGUGAUCCAACCACUGAUAUUAUCGGUUGUGAUCCUGCCAUGGAGACCAAAAUACUCAAGAAGAUCGCUGCAGUGAAGGAGAGACUGUCUGUCUGGAUGAGACGACUACAUGAGAUUGAAUCCUGCUACAAACAGGAAGUGGCCCAGGCCACAGCUAUGAUGGACUUUACUGUUCAUUUUCUAUCGAUGGAGCUAGAAAGUGUCGGAAACAUUCGUUUGGAAGAAGGUUGCUCCACCGACCCUUGGUUCACCUCCUGCUGUGACCUCCUACUUUCCCGCUUCAGUCCCACUGACUACAAAUCGUACGGUUUUUAUGGGAUUAAAAUUGACAGAGUUGUUCGCAUAUUAAACAGUGCUCUGAGACAACGCUUUGAGGACAAACUUCACAGCCUGAUUGACAGCGAGGACAGCGCUUUGUUGUCACACAAGAAUUACAGGCGCAAACUGGACCACCUGUUCUACACCCCUCACCCUGAAAAAAACAGAGAGAAAGAGGAAAUUCUCAGCAUUCUGGAAGAGGGCUUCAAAACGUCUGAAGAGUUUAAGGUCUUAGACAAAGAUGGCGCCAUACCUUUGACUAACAGCCUGAAUGUGAGUGAAAAACCCAGGAUUGAACGCCUUCUCCAGCAGACCAGCCCAGAUACAGAGUCUGAGCCCAGAGUGGACGCAGCAGCGUUUAAACACAGUCAGAUCAUUGUCUCCAAAGUCUUUGUGGGACACAGCAUGCCCCUCAAAGUGGGAGACACCUGUGACAGAAGCAGCCAUCACACUCUCUGCUCCGUUUAUCGCAACAUGGACGCUAAGAACAAAACUACACCAAGUGAUGAAAGAGCUUCCUCCAACACAACGACCACCUCUGAGUCCAGCUGCAGACGGAGGCAGUGGCUCAUGUUUGAUCGGGAACUAGUCCUGCCUGAGUAUAUUGUGUUUUUUCACUACACAACUGAGAACCAGAAACAGUCCAUGAUUCUGAAGCAAGAUGACGCGUCCAACAACAACAUCAUCCUGGACCAAGAAGUCCUCAGCAUGGAGCCCGUGCUGAAAGCACAGCCCAAGCUGCUGAGCUUGGACGACAAGAUCCUGCUGUCUGUUGCCAGAGCCAACGUCCUGAGUCAGAUCUCUGUGCUGAAUCUUCAUGGAAACAGUCUGAACAAGAUAAAGGAGAUUUCAUGUCUAACAUGUCUGCGGCAUCUGACCAUCAGUUUCAACGAGUUCACACGCCUUGACGACAUCUCUCACAUGCCAAAUCUUGAGUAUCUGGAUGCCAGCUUCAACCACCUGGUAACCCUGGAAGGGCUGAGAGGGUUGGGUCAACUCAAACAGCUGGAUGUUCGCUGGAACCAGUUGACCAAGGCCAGAGAAGAUGCCACAGUUUUAAGAAGACAUGCACCUGCACUUCUGAAGCUGGACACCAGAUACAACCCCUGGAACAGAUCAGAGACGGUCAGAGUGACCUUACUGGGGCGUCUGACAACACUCACACAUCUGGAUGAAGCUGUAAUAACAGAUGAAGAAGCCGCUGAAGCCACUGUCCUGGCUACUGGAGCCAAAAUUCACCAGGCGACGAUUUUGAUUCACUCCCGCACCAACGGUGAUCGUCCCAGAAGUCUUUGCCUUAUGUCAACAGCUCAGCUGCUGCACCUUCUCCAUCCACCUGCCUGGAGGAUUAGCCAAGAUCUGGAGCUGGAGCCAAACUGGACUGAAAGGAUCACAGCCCUGAACCUUGAAGGCCAGAGGAUUACCAAGAUGACUAAUCUGAAUAAGCUGGUGAAUCUGCGCUGGGCCUCCUUCAAUAACAAUGACAUCUCUAAAGUGGAAGGACUGGAGAACUGUCUUAAACUGGAGGAACUUUCUCUAAACAACAACUGCAUCACUUCAUUUACUGGCUUGUCAAAACUGACAAACCUUCAUAAGCUGAGUAUGGAUGGGAAUCAGCUUUCUGGUUUGGAUGCUUCAGUUUUGGACUCUCUACCCAACCUGUCCUUUCUCUCCGUGGAUAAAAAUCAGAUAAACUCUCUGCACGGCAUCCAGAGAGUUCGCUCUCUCCUCGAACUUUACAUCGGUAACAACCAGAUUUCUGCAUCACGAGAUAUUUUCUACCUUAAGGCCGUUACAAACCUCAUCAUUCUGGAUCUCUAUGGGAACCCUCUGGUGGAGAAACUGGAAAAUUACCGCAUAUAUGUUGUCUUCCACCUGCCCUCCCUGAAAGCACUGGACGGGAUUGCAGUCGAAGCGAACGAAUGUGAAAGCGCGAAGGAUAUGUUUGGAGGAAGACUCACGUCAGACAUGGUUUUAGAGAAGCUGGGUCACUGUGACUACACGGACAUUACCUACCUCACUCUGCAGUCCUGCUCCAUCAGGAGCGUCGAUCUGUCUCCACCAGAUAUGUUCUACAACCUGUGCAGCGUGAACUUGGAUCACAACAACCUCACCUCCUUCUCAGGUCUCCUUUACCUGCCGAACAUCAAGACUCUGUGUUUGAACCAUAACCACAUUGAGUCCAUCCUGCCCAAACAAAAGACUCACGUGACAAACAGACAGAUGCUUUAUAACAAAGUGCCCUCUAGUGGUUAUGGUCAACAAAGUCCAUCUAAAAGCAACAGGGAAACCGGACCCUGUGUCAGUCUGGAGCCACUGAUGAGCAGCCUGGAGGUGCUGCAUUUGAGUCACAAUUGCAUUUCCAAUAUGGCCAAUCUGCAGCUCAGCAGGCUCACCAAUCUUAAAGCACUCUUCCUGCAAGGUAAUGAGAUAAGCCAAGUGGAAGGUCUGGAGGGGCUCCACCAGCUCAGAGAACUUUUUCUGGACAAGAACCGCAUCAAAACUUUGUCGGAGAACUCUUUCAUCUCCCAGAAUUCCCUGUUGGAGCUUCACUUAACAGAGAAUCGGAUCCGGGAGCUCAACCAUCUGGAUCCCCUGGCUGAGCUCCGGAAGCUGUUCCUAGGCAUGAACAAACUACAGGACAUGGCUGAGCUGGAAAAACUCGACCUUCUUCCUUCUCUGAUGGAGCUCUCAGUUGUUGGUAAUCCAGUGGCCCGUAAUUCGCUCCACAGACCAGCGGUUGUGCUUCAUCUGUCGCAGCUGCAGGUCCUGGAUGGAGUGACGAUCACUCUGGAGGAAAGAACCAGGGCUGAACUCCUCAGUGCUGAGCCACCACCGUGCUCCCAGUGUUCAGGGGUUUCUCAGCCGCCCUGUGAAAUCCUCCUCCCUGGACUGUUUCCUCCCAUGACCAGAAACGCCCCCCUGAGAGCAAUGAACAUAAGUGGACUGCAGAGCAUCGUCCACGGGACUGAACACGUUCUGCCCAGUAACACGGAUGAAAGUCCAGCUCAUUGUUCCUACAGGAACAGGAAGCACAAGCACAUACCUUCAGGUCGGAGCGCUCAGACGGACCUGACCUUCAGAUACGUUAGAAGACCAGGAAACAGCUUCAUGACACCCACAGGUCACCUCCCUGAUGGGAACAGAGUCAUCUUCACCUAUCACAACCAGGAGCACGACAGCAGAUUCCCAAAUGGUGGUAAACAUCCUCCUUUGUAGCAUCCUGCAGAGUUUGAAGACAACGAUAUUCAUCUGUUAGCAUUUAUUACCAAGGUAAACUAUAAAUCCAACCAUCACAGAGACAUUGGUUUAGACUAAAACAGUGGUGACACAGGUUUUA